CCCCCCCAACCCAACCCAACCCGGUGUUUCCUAUAUCUUCCUUAACUCAAAGCCUCCUGGAUCUAUGCAAGUUGGGGGCGGAGUCGUACGGGCAGGUUUGGCAGUGACGUGGGAGACAGCUCCCCCGCUCCUACCCGGGUCCUGCUGCUCUUACGGGAAGAGAAAAACGGGUAGUCUGGAAAAAUUAGAUUCUUCAUAAAGGGAUCACUAAUUUAGAACAAUGUUUGCAGACUUGGAGUAUGACAUUGAGGAAGAUAAGCUGGGGAUUCCUACAGUACCUGGAACAGUGACCUUGAAGAAAGACUCUCAGAAUCUGAUUGGAAUUAGUAUAGGUGGAGGAGCCCAGUAUUGCCCCUGCCUGUAUAUCGUCCAGGUAUUUGACAAUACUCCUGCAGCUCUUGAUGGAACGUUGGCAGCUGGUGAUGAAAUCACAGGCGUGAAUGGGAAGUCAGUCAAAGGGAAAACCAAAGUAGAAGUAGCCAAAAUGAUACAGAUAGUGAAGGGAGAAGUGACAAUUCAUUACAACAAGCUCCAGGCUGAUCCAAAGCAGGGAAAAACUUUAGACAUUGUGUUAAAGAAAGUGAAGCACCGUCUGGUAGAGAACAUGAGCUCAGGGACAGCAGAUGCCCUAGGACUGAGCCGAGCUAUCCUCUGCAAUGAUGGCUUGGUAAAGCGAUUAGAAGAGCUUGAGAGGACUGCAGAACUAUAUAAAGGGAUGACAGAGCAUACAAAGAGUCUCCUCAGAGCCUUCUUUGAACUGUCUCAAACUCACAGAGCAUUUGGUGAUGUUUUUUCGGUUAUUGGUGUACGGGAACCUCAGCCAGCGGCCAGUGAAGCGUUUGUAAAAUUUGCUGAUGCUCAUCGCAGUAUUGAGAAAUUUGGAAUCCAUCUUUUAAAAACCAUUAAACCAAUGUUGACUGAUUUGAACACCUAUCUGAACAAAGCAAUUCCUGACACCAGAUUAACUAUCAAGAAGUAUUUGGAUGUCAAGUUUGAGUAUUUGUCGUAUUGUCUAAAGGUGAAAGAGAUGGAUGAUGAAGAAUACAGCUGCAUUGCCAUGGGAGAGCCUCUCUACCGGGUUGGAACUGGGAACUAUGAAUAUCGCUUAAUCCUGCGCUGCCGCCAGGAGGCACGUUCACGUUUUGCCAAAAUGAGGAAGGAUGUGCUAGAAAAGAUGGAGCUGCUAGACCAGAAACAUGUGCAAGAUAUUGUAUUCCAACUCCAGCGUUUUGUGUCCACGCUUUCCAACUACUAUGAUGAUUGUUAUGCUGUGCUAAGAGAAGCAGAUGUUUUCCCAAUAGAGGUGGACCUUGCACGUACCACAUUGAGUUACGGCCAAAAGGAUGUCUUCACGGAUGGAGCAGACGAUGAGGAGGAAGAGGAAGGCUGUGGAAGUAGAGAAUGCAAUAAAAAAGAGGAAGAAAAUGGAGAGAAACUCAUUGAUGAUGCCUGAAUUUCUAAAUCCUGUCAUAAAUCCCGUCAGAGACUGAUAAAUUUUAUUUCUCUAGGCAGCUUGUCCAGUGACUCUUCUGUUUGUACAAGGCCAACUAGGGAAUCAAGAUUCUGUGUUGAAUGGGAGCAUUUGGGUAAUGAAGUAUGCAAAAUCUUGCGGGGAGGGGAAAUCUCUCUUUUUCCGUUUGUGCUUUUCUCGAAAUCUCAUGGACCUCCUCCAGACCUGGUUGGACUGAAAUUACCUUUAAGCAGCCUUCAACCAUCUCCCCAAUAUGGCUUCCUGUGUAGAUGGACUGUGAUUAAAUAUACAGCUCUUUCUUUUCCUCUCAGUCUCCCUCUCUCUUUCUAUUUCUUUUUUCUUUCAGUAGCUGAGUAUCUCAUGUAAAAAUGCUGAACACCUUUGGUUUCCUGGGGUUUUCUUUUUCCAUCACUUUUCUGUCAUUUUUAAUAUUGAAUGAUAUUACUGCCCUUGGGGAAAUUUAGUGUUAAAAUGUUGACUUCUCUGCAUUGCCAAGGCCCUUAAAAGGGAGACAUAAAGAUUAUUGCAGUUAACAGUAAGUCCACCAUUUUAAGACUUAAGUUCUUAAUUCAUACAAUUCACCAUCUACACAUUUUUCCCCUUUUGAAUGUUGUCUUUGUGGAGAGAGAGACUUAUGUUUGUCCCCCUAGCACUCCUUUCCCACUCAUUAAUCGUCAAUUUGGCAGCUUUAGAAAUGAGAAUGAUAAACUUUCAAAGGAAAUGGGGAGAAUUACUAAUAUUACUCUCGCUUUUUUUUUCUUGAAUAAGUGCAAUAUUCAGACGUGAUCUAAAAACAAAAUUACAAACACUAGGCCAGAAAUAAAAUCAAAAAGAAUAAAA